GGCCUCAAUCCAUCCAUCCAUGGCUGUUGAGCACAACCUACAAAGUACAAUAGCGUUGAAAGAAAUGGUGCGCCGUACUGUCCUGUGCUGUAAAACAUGGCUUCCUGUAAUACCCGAAACCCUGGCGUACAUUAUGUAGCAUUGCACCAUAGUUCUCGAUCUCGGCAGCCUGGAAUAUUGGGCACAAUCGUAGUGCAGUGCAGGCACUCGGGUUUGAUCCCUACGAGAACACUUGUCAGUGUCGAUAUGUCCACUCGUAAAGUGGCUGCCUUUGGUGUAUUGUCGAUGACGGCUGCCGGGCAUUUAAAACAAAUGUGGUCUUUUCUCCUGUUAGUUACCGCAACAUAUCGCAUGUCUAAAAUGUACAGGUAUGUUGAUAAUUCAACUUGAGCCGAGAUUUGGUAAUGUACCCCUUUAUGCCCACCUAUACCGAGAAUCACUAACUAUGGCGAGCAUCGAGAGGCAAUGCGAUGAUAGGGGCAAGACUUGAGUAUCAACACAAUACAAACACAUACAGCAUCGUGUCUGUUUUCCUUCUCAAGGACUCCCCAGUAUCAGUCCGUUUGCAGAAUAAAGUCUCAGCCCUGUACCAUGCCCCUAACGAGGUUAGACCUGCAAAAAACCGUUUGGGUGAUGGGAAUGAGCAGAAUGACGGCAUGGUCCAUUCCAAGGGAUGCCUCCACAUUCUUGCCCCUCAGAGAUGUCUCCCAUUAAAGGCCAAGGCCAAUUACGGCCAAGACAGCUGGAGCUUUCUUAUUGCACAAGAAUUGGCAUCGGUAUGUGGGCGUGAAUCACUGUCAUCAUGAUCGCCAGCCAAUGCUGUCGUCCAUCAGCAUGCGUAACCAGCCAUCAACCACCACAGUUUGCUCUUGCGUUGAGGGCUCAGCCGACCUUUGGUUGGCCUGCUGAGAUGAUCCUUUCACCCUAGACUUGAGGACGAUUUCCGCAAUCAUAUAGCGCCACAGUGUGGUCAGAUGUUUUGUUAGAUGGGUCAGAACUCCACUGAUGAAUGCCGGUCCAGUAAAGAGAUACGAUACUUCAGAGAAGAAGCUCAGGGUGUGCUGAGAUUAAAUUCCGAUGCCCUGAAAUUGACUCGAUGCCGCAGUUCGAGUCUAUGUACCUA